AGUGGCAUGUCACAUGUACUGCUAGAACCCUGUUGUAGUGUCGUACAUCUUUUUCGGUAUAUUUUGAUUGGAAGAUAUUUUGGGAAUCGCUAAUAGCUAAUCUGCGUAAAAUUUAUUCUAGGGUUAAAGACCACGACACGUCAGGGCUUGUUUAGUUAGUGAUAAAUAACCUUACAUUGUUAAGUAAUUAGCUUCGGAAAAUCUAUUUUAUACUCGCGCUUUGGUGGCGCUUGUGUUCGGGUCACUACAACCUCCCAUGUGGUGAGUUAAGACCAAUCCAUGUUAGGAUACGUAGGCAACUUUUCUUUCUUUCUUUCAACAACAAAGAAUCAGAGCAGCAGCAACGUCUUACCACCGCCUCUAAAACCAACCGGGGCCCCCACUUUGCAUGCAACCACGCUUGGUUCCUCCGUCUCCGCCCUAGAAUCAAGCAUGGACAACGCCGCCUCCAACUCCGCCAGCAAAAGCCUCAAAAGGCACCAUGGUUCCUUGACAGAUACAGAGGAGGAUGGAGACCCUGCGAUCUGGGCAACCUUUGACAAGAGUUUCAGGGAGGUGCAGUCCGUGCUGGACCGGAACUGGGCCUUGAUUCAGCAAGUGAACGAGAAUCACCAGUCCAAGAUCCCUCUUAACAUGGUCAAGAAUGUUGCUCUGAUUCAAGAACUCAACGGGAACAUCUCCAAGGUUGUCUCCAUGUACUCUGAAUUUUCUACCAAUUUCUCUACUAUCUCUCAUCCGCAAAACAAAAGUGGUGAUGCCAAGAGCACGAAUGAAGAGAUCUAAUGCCAUAUGUUUUGAGAGAUAAGAGUAAUUCUUUUGAUACCAUAUGUUUAUUGCUAUAAUUCAGUGACAAGUAUGUGUUAGAAUAAAUGGAGGAUUUAGUUCCUUUAGGAAAUCUAAUGCCACUUAUGGGUCUUUCUGAAUAAUUUCCUUUUCUAGUGUAUGAGUGAUGCUGUUAGACAACUGUGAUGUUUAAGCUUAGAUGUCGAUGAGUCUGUCUUUGUUAUGAUUUGUGUAAUAAGGAGGAUGGGGUGUGCCACGUGCUUUUUUUUUGUAUAAUAAGGAGGAUGAUUUGUUAUGAGUCUUUGUUAUGAUUUCUAUUUUUAGUUAUUGGUGAUUUUGUAUCUGGUGAAUUAAAUAUAAGGACUGAUAUAGGAUUGUGGCAAUCUAUAGACAUGGUUUAAGUACUUGGUUAAGUUGUUAAAUAAUAGGAAUUUUGCUGUAGGGGAUGAGGUCCAUGAGGAUGGGAGAAUAUUGCGUGUUGAUUGAUUUUCUCUCUAUGGGGGUGUUCUGAGUACGAUUAAUAAUGAAAGUGUGCAUAUGCUCAGUUGAUCAACUUUUAACUUGGAAAUAUGAGGCUUGUGAGCAUUUAGAA